UGGAGAAAAGUUGGAUUUUGCCAGGGACAGGCCGGUGGAGAAUUUCUUAUGGACUGUGGGGAUCAUAUUUGAACCUCAGUUUGGUAAUUGCAGGAGAAUGCUAACAAAAGUUAAUUCACUUAUAACAACAAUUGAUGAUGUUUAUGAUGUCUAUGGUACCUUAGAUGAGCUUGAGCUAUUCACGGAUGCCAUUGUAAGAUGGGAUCUUAAUUUCAUGGUUCGGCUUCCAGACUAUAUAAAAUUAUGUUUUUUUAUUUUGUACAAUUCAGUUAACAAAAUGGCUUAUGAUAUUUUUAAAAAUCAAGGAAUUGACAUCCUACCUUACUUCAAGAAAGCGUGGGCAGACUUAUGUAAAUCAUAUUUAUUGGAGGCUAAGUGGUACUUCGGUGGAUAUACACCAACUCUUCAAGAAUACAUGGACAAUGCAUGGAUUUCAAUUGCAGCACCAGUGAUUCUAGUUCAUGCAUAUUUUUAUGUUUCCAAUCCAACAACAGAGGAGGAUGAAUUAAAACGAGGAGAUAUUUCCAAAUCCAUUCAAUGUUACAUGCAUGAAGCCGCAGCAUCUGAAGAAAAAGCUAGUGAUCAUAUAAGAAAUUUAAUUGGAAAUACAUGGAAGAAAAUAAAUGAUUAUCAAUUUAUUAAUCCUCAUAUCUCCCAAACUUUCAUUGGAAUUGCAAUUAACCUUGCACGAAUGGCACAAUGCAUGUAUCAAUACGGAGAUGGACAUGGUGUUGGACAUCUUGAGACUAAGGAUAAGGUGAAAUCCUUACUUAUUAAGCCUUUAUAAUUUCAUCACAAUAAAGGAUAAAAAAAAUUCAUAAGAUUGAUCUAUAUGUUUUAUUACAUUAAGUUGGAGAAACAUGUAUUUUUAUUCUAGCUUAAAUAUCAAUAUGUAAUAAAGGACUAUAUAUUUCUUCUUUAUUUAGAAGAUUAGUCAACUAUAGCUUCAUUAUAUCCUAGAUAUCAAUAUGUAAUUAAGAUCUAGA